AUGGAGAUUGCCCGCACCUCCAUGAUCCACGCCCGCGCGCCCCAUUUUCUGUGGCCCUACGCGGCUCGGUACGCCGCUCACCAGCUGAACCUCUGGCCUCGCGUCUCUCGGCCAGGGGCUUCACCGACCAGUCUUUGGACAGGGUCCCCUGGUGUUGCGUCGAGGUUUAGUGUCUGGGGCUGCUUGGCUCUUGUCCGCGACACCUCUGUGGACGAGAUCUCGCCUCGCGCCAUCCCCUGUGUCUUCCUUGGUUUCCCAGAGGACUCCUCUGACUUCACCUUUUACCACCCUCCCUCCCACCGGUUCUUUGACUCUCGUGACCUCCUCCUCCUCCCGCCCCUGCUCCUCCGGUACCCCCCCCUGUUCCCGCUCCAUCUGGUGUGUCCCACGCUUCUCCCCCCCCCCCCUCGGUACCCCUCCGAGGUCUCUCCUCCUUCCCCACAGUCAUCCUCACAGCCUCCGCAGCAGCCGUCAGCGCUUCCUUUACCGGCCACUGCGGACUCUGAGGGUGUUGGUGCUCGAGGUGAGGGCUCUGGCGGUGCUCGCUCUGGGGGUGAUGGCGCUGGAGCUGGAGCUGUUCGUGCACCUACAGGAGCCGCCCGUUCUGGGGGUGUUGGAGUUGGAGCUGAGCGUGCACCUGCCGCAGCUGCCCGUUCCGAGGGUGCAGGUGGUGCUAGCGCUGGUGGUGUUUCUGGAGCUGGAGAGUCUGGGGCUGGUGCUGGUGCCACUGGAGGCACCACGACUGGGGGUGCAGGUACACCUCCUACUGGUGCUGGUCGUGCUGCUGCAGGGGGUACUUGCCCUGGGGGUGCUCAGCCGGGUCCUGUCGAGGGCGGAGCCGGUUCCCCUUCUUCGUCUCCUGCCACCACUCCUCCUCCUCACUCCUACCCGACUCGACACCAGGCCCGUCUUCGUCUUGCACGUGAGGAGCAACAACGUUUGGAGCGUGAGAGGUUGGAGGUUCAGCAGCGGGUGGAGCGUGAGAGGUUGGAGUUGCAGCGGGAGCUACAGCAGUAG